UGCGUUUUUUUCAAUAAAGUGCAAUGUAAUUUUAAUACAAAAUAAAAGAAGGUGUGGUGAAAUGUUGCCCACUUGGUGGCACCAUAACCCGGGGUCUGUCUCUCUGUAUAUCUGCCGGCGAACAUCCCUUUACGUUGUAGCUCUAAACCUCACUUCCUUUCCUGACGCAAAUGCCCGGCAAGGCUGUUGCACGUAUUUAAUUUGUAGCCACUUUACAGCCAAACUGGAUUUUAUAACCACCCAAAAGAGACAGACACAACACAGGAUAACGUUCACAAGGACGUAGAUUGACAUCUCUCUUCAGCCAUGUCCCGUUUCUUUGCCACCGGGUCUGACAGUGAGUCAGAGGAGUCUUCAUCUGCUGAUGAAAUCAUCUCUAAAGCACCCGGAGGAAAUUUCAAGCAGUCCUUGCUUAUCAGUGAUGAUGAGGAGGACACCAAGAGAAUUGUGCGCAGCGCCAAAGACAAAAGGUUUGAGGAGUUGACCAACCUCAUCAAAACGAUCCGAAAUGCGAUGAAGAUUCGUGACAUGUCCAAAUGUCUGGAGGAUUUUGAGCAGUUAUGUCGAGCCUUCCUCAAAAGCAAGACUAUAGUGGACAAAGAGGGGGUUCCCCCUUUUUAUAUCCGUCUUCUGGCCGACCUGGAGGACUAUGUGAAUCAGCUUUGGGAAGACAAAGAGGGCAAGAAGAAGAUGAACAAAAACAACGCAAAGGCCCUCAGUACACUGCGUCAGAAGAUCCGCAAGUACAACAGAGACUACGAAACAGAAGUAGCUGCAUACAAGGAGAACCCACAGGAGUCCGCUGAUGAAGAGGAGGAGAAGGAGGCAGCAGAUUCUGAAGGCUCAUCUUCUGAUAGCGAGGAAGAGGGCGAGGAAGAGGUAAUGUCGGCCAAGGACUUCUUAAAGAAAAAACCUGAGGUGAUCCAAGAUGCCAGCGCGUUCCUCAAGAAGGGAUCCGGGGAUGAGUCCUCGUCUAGCAGUGAUGACGAAGAUGGGGAAGACUGGGGAUCAGACACUGUCGACAGUGGCAGUGAGAGCUCGGAUGAUGGGGAGGGAAAGCAUGCUUCCAUCGCUGCAGUCUUCCUCAAGAAGGAAGAUAAGCCCGGCGACAAGAAGCUCGGCAAGAAGAAGAAGAUCAAGAAGAAGGAGCGCAUAGAGGAGGAGGCUGAGGAGGAGGGAGGAGAAGCCUGGCAGGAAGUGAAGGGAGGCAUGGUCAUGGAAAAGCCCAAGAUGUUUGCCAAAGGCACGGAGAUCAACGUUCCUGUGGUGGUGAAGAAGCUGAAUGAGAUCCUGCAAGCAAGAGGCAAAAAGGGCACGGACAGGGCUGCCCAGAUCGAACUGCUCCAUGCUCUGGCAAACAUCGCUGCUGAGAAUAAUUUGGGCGAAGGUAUUACGGUCAAGAUUAAGUUCAACAUCAUUGCCUCCCUGUACGACUACAACCCCAACCUGGCUGCUUUCAUGAAGCCUGAUAUGUGGAAGAAGUGCUUGGAAUGUAUCGAUGAGCUGCUGGACAUCCUGUUUGAACACAACGACAUCUUCAUCGGAGAGAACAUCGCCGAGGACAGCGAGAGUCUGAUCAUCUCAGACCAGCCAUUCAGGGUGCGUGGGUGCAUCUUAACGCUGGUAGAGAGGAUGGAUGAAGAGUUCACCAAGAUCAUGCAGAACACUGAUCCCCAUUCACAAGAGUAUGUGGACAAUCUGAAGGAUGAGGGUCACGUCUGUGGCAUCAUCGACCGGCUGCUCAACUACAUGGAGACCAAGGGCAGCACGGAGGAGAUCUGCCGCAUCUACCUGCGCAGAAUCAUGCACACCUACUACAAGUUCGACUACAAGGCUCACCGCCGCGCCCUGGGCCUGCCGGUCGAGACCAAGAGAUCAGAUGAGGUGGAGCUGCCUCCAGCAGUAGAGGAUGAGGCAGAGAGAAGCAGCAGCAGCACAGGGUUGCAGCAGUCGGAGCAGGACCAGGAGGAGAGCGAGGGCGAGGACAGCGCUGUGAUCAUGGACCGUCUCUGCAAGUUCAUCUACGCCAAGGAUCGCACCGACCGCAUCCGUACCUGCGCCAUCCUCUGCCACAUCUACCACCACGCGCUGCACUCCCGCUGGUACCAGGCCCGCGACCUGAUGCUGAUGAGCCACCUGCAGGACAACAUCCAGCACGCCGACCCCCCCGUACAGAUCCUGUACAACAGAACCAUGGUGCAGCUUGGCAUCUGCGCCUUUAGGCAGGGCAUGAUUAAAGACGCCCACAAUGCCCUGCUGGACAUCCAGUCCUCUGGCCGCGCCAAGGAGCUGCUGGGUCAGGGUCUGCUGAUGAGGAACAUGCAGGAGAGGAACGCAGAGCAGGAGAAGAUCGAGAAGAGAAGACAAGUGCCGUUCCACAUGCACAUCAACCUGGAGCUGCUGGAGUGUGUGUACCUGGUGUCCGCCAUGCUGCUGGAGAUCCCCUACAUGGCCGCCCACGAGUUCGAUGCCCGCCGCAGGAUGAUCAGCAAGCAGUUCCAUCACCAGCUGAGAGUGGGAGAGAGACAGCCUCUUCUGGGACCCCCCGAGAGCAUGAGGGAGCAUGUGGUGGCCGCCAGUAAGGCCAUGAAGAUGGGAGACUGGCGCACCUGCCACUCCUUCAUCAUCAACGAGAAGAUGAACAGCAAGGUGUGGGACCUGUUCCCUGAGACGCAGCGAGUGCGCGAGAUGCUCGUCAGGAAGAUCCAAGAAGAGUCCCUGAGGACUUAUCUGUUCACGUACAGCAGUGUGUACGACUCCAUCAGCAUGGGAACACUUUCUGAGAUGUUUGAGUUGGAGAUCCCAACAGUUCACAGCAUCAUCAGCAAGAUGAUCAUCAACGAGGAGCUGAUGGCGUCCCUGGACCAGCCUACUCAGACGGUGGUGAUGCACCGCACAGAGCCCACCUCCCUGCAGAACAUGGCCCUGCAGCUGGCUGAGAAACUGGGCAGCCUGGUGGAGAACAACGAGCGCGUCUUCGACCUCAAGCAGGGCAUCUAUGGAGGCUACUUCAACAGAGAUCAGAAAGGUGGCUACCAACAGAACAAAUCUUACAACAGAGAGGGGAGAGGAGGCGGUUACCAGCAGAAUAGGGGAGGCUACAAUCGCGGUGGUUACAGAAAUCAGAACUAUCAGAACCAUGGCAACCAGGGGAGCUAUCAGAACCACGGGAACCAUGGGAGCUAUCAGAACCACGGCAACCAUGGGAGCUAUCAGAACCAGGGGAACCGUGGGAGCUAUCAGAACCAGGGGAACCGUGGGAGCUAUGGGAACCGUGGAAACCAUGAUAACCAUGAUAACCAUGAUAACCAUGGGAAUCGUGGGAGUUAUGGGAACCAUGGUGGUUAUGGUAACCAUGGAAGUUAUCAAAACCACUCAAACUACUGAGCUGGAAACAUUUAGAUUUCAGUCUUGACCCCGAAUUAAUCUUCAUUCCAUAACGAUAACAAUAAAUGCUUUCCUGAAACAGCUGAAAGUUAAUACAGUACAAGUCUUUCCCACUGCUACUACAUCGUGUGGAUUUUCAGUACUUGGGAUAAAGGUGAAGAGUUUUGAAGGUUGUUAUUAUUGCUAAUAGAGAACUGCUUUAUACAGGCAUUGCAGUCAGGUGACAGACGCGUCAAGUAUUGUUCACAUAUACUUAUGAAAUAAACAAUUACCAAAAUGAAA